AUGGUGACGAUGAUACCAAAAGUCGUCUCGGCGCCCUACCCACGCGCCCGACUUCCACUUUUUCUCUACACCUUAUCAAUAGUAAGUACUCAUUCUCUCAUGAAAUAUUUUUUUGAUAAUAAAUAAUCGAAAAUAUUUUCUUGGUUUUGAAAAAAUGUUUUUUUGACCUUACAAGGAAGGUCAAACUAUUUCCGGUUGGAAAUUUCCUCAAACUUGGCCUGAACACUCUUUGAUUUGCCAGAAGACGAUUCUGGAAGGCUCAACCUUCAAAAAUAUUUUUUUUCCGUAAAUAGAAGCUCAAAGCCCUAAAAUGAACGGAUUUUGAGAGUUUUCCUAGACUUUGUCGAUGUUCUCUCUCAAAAACUAGAAGUUUUUACAGGUUGAACAUUUCAGAAUCUUCCUCCGAUGCAUCAAGAAGUGUUUCGUACUUUGUUAAUACUUAUAAAAUACUUUCUGCUGUACCCCACGAAAAUAUCUGAGAAUUUCAACCUGCGAAAGUCUUGGUUUUCAAGAAUGUAAAAUAAUUUUCAGGUUUUAGCAAUUUUCCUAUUCUACUGCAGCGGCGUCUACUGUGCUUUGAACCCAUGUAAUGGUCAGGAUGCCGCUUUUUCGAUAUUAUUCUCGGCAUUUUUGUUCAAGUUAGUUGUAAAAAAAUUAGAUCAUUAUUCGCGGACAACGAUUGAAAAAAAUUAAAAAAACUAUUAUUUAUUAUUAUUAUUUUUGAUAUUCGAAAACUUUCAGUACUUCCCAACAGUCGCCUCGCCAAUCAUUUUUUUCAUUUCGAGUUCUUGGUUAAUUACCGCCUUGUUUUAUGCCAAUAACCCGUGUACAACGACUUAUAAUUGCAUGGUGGGUUGAUUUUUUGGAUUAUCAGGUCCAAAAACCUUCUUUGAUUUUUUUCUGCUAUUUCUCUCAAUUCUUUUUGAUUAAAAUUUUUUUCUGCAGGAUUGUGUUUUUGAAUUAUCCCAGUUAUCCUUUAAAAAAAUUGUUUCUUUGUUUUUCUGAUGAUGUCUAGAGCAUUUUUUUUUCCGUAAUUCUUUAAAAACUUGUUUCCUCGAUCCCCAUUAUCUUUUCAUAUUCGAGCUUCCUAUCAAACUUCCACCACAACUUUUGGUAAUUCAGAAAAAAUAUUACAACUGACCAUUUGAGGAGAUGCCGUCGGCCGUUUUCUGUUCACUAUUGGCCGGAAUAAGUGCGGUUAUCGAGAUCCACUUUAGUGUCGGCUUCAAACAAUUAGACUGGACGGAGCGGUGGUGCUGGACAGCGGUCCGUUUACUUUGGACGAUAGUUUUUCUUGAAAAAAAGCAAUUUUUCAACUAUAUGUUCUGAACAAUUCUUGAAAUAAGAAUUUUUAGGCAGACGCGGUGGCUCUUUGCGGGAUACAUGCAAUGGUCGCCUUCGCCCUCCAAUAG